CGGCCACAGUUGCAUCACCGUGUGCCGCGCGUCCUCAUCUUUAUUCAUCAACUUAUCCUCUCGCCCGCUUUCUCUCUCUAACGUCUCAUCUAUACCCAGGUGCGCGACACCCGACUCCCGCUUCUAGAUUGCUUCGCCUCCUAGAGCUAUCGUCCUCAAAUCCACCCACUUUUGCCUGCCCCACCUCGCCCGAUCGCUGGCCGCUCCUCAUCCCCCGUAAACCCCCUCGCCGCUUCAUGCAUGGCGCCCUUCGACCUCGAUGCGUGCAUCGACCGCUUGCGGGACAAGCAGCUUCUCGGAGAAGCACUGCUGCGCGAGAUCUGCGAAAAGACUAAGGAGGUGCUCAUGCGCGAGAGCAAUGUCGUUCACGUCUCCUCUCCAGUGACUGUCGUCGGCGACAUUCAUGGCCAGUUCCACGACCUCAUCGAGAUCUUCCGCAUUGGUGGUCCAGCACCCAACACCAACUACCUAUUUCUCGGCGAUUAUGUCGACCGCGGGCUACACAGUGUUGAAACAAUCUCGUUGCUCACCUGCCUCAAGUUGCGCUAUCCCGAACGCAUCCAGCUCAUUCGUGGCAACCACGAGUCGCGUGCCGUCACGCAGACGUAUGGGUUCUAUCUCGAGUGCACGCGCAAGUACGGCUCGGCAAAGGUGUGGCAGUACUUCACAGACAUGUUCGACUUCCUCACGCUCAGCGUCGUGAUUGACGACGCAAUCUUCUGCGUACAUGGCGGGCUAAGUCCGAGUAUCCACCACAUCGACCAGAUCAAGGUCAUCGACCGCUUCCGCGAGAUUCCACAUGAAGGGCCAAUGGCGGACUUGGUGUGGUCGGAUCCUGACCCCGGCAAGGAAGACUUUGCCAUCUCGCCGAGAGGAGCAGGGUAUACGUUCGGCAGUUCCAUUGUCAAGAAGUUCCUCACGCUCAACGGGAUGAACCACGUGCUUCGCGCGCACCAGCUCUGCAUGGAGGGUUACAGUGUGCAGUUUGACAACCAGCUGAGUACUGUGUGGAGCGCGCCAAACUACUGCUACCGAUGCGGGAACAUGGCGAGCAUCCUGGAGGUGUCGCCUGGAGGGCAACGGUUCUUCAACGUGUUCGAUGCGGCGCCCGAGAACGAGCGCGACGGGCCAGCGCAGCAACAGCAGCAGGCAAAACCAAUAGAGUACUUCUUAUAGAUGCCACGACCAACCAUGAUAUUACCCAGCAUUGUAGGCUUAUAGGCUUAAUGUACUCAUUGUAAAUAGGC